ACACGGGCGGCCUGAUAUUUUCCAUCCCGCGGCCUCUGGUCGCCGCCCUCGACACCAGCCGGCUGCUGGACACGUGCGCCAACUGCUUCGCGUGCAACGACAUGAUCGGCUCGAGCGAGGGGCUGGAUCUCAAGGCGUGCACGGGGUGCAACAUCGUCAAGUUUUGCGGCAAGGCGUGCCAGACGGACUCGUGGAAGCGCGCGCACAAGUUCGAGUGCCCCGUCUUCCGCGAGCUGGAGCGCAGCGGGCGGCUGCCGAACGCGGUGCGCGCGGGCAUGGAGCUGCUGGCCAGGCGCAAGAACGGCCGCUUGUCCGACGCGCAGUGGGACGAGCUGAUGCGGCUGGAGACGCAUCUCGACGACCUGCGCGCCAGGGACGACUGGGAGACGCACGAGGUGCUGGCCAUGGGCGUGCUGAAGUACUCGAAGACCGAGGGCACGUUUGACGUCGAGACGGCCCAGGGCGUGUAUGCCAGGGUACGUACUGCCUAAGCGGCUAGAGGGACGGACACUGAUUGACGCGUACGUACCCCAGAUCCUGACCAACAGCCUCACCCUCGUAACCUCCAUCAUGGACCCCCUCGGCCUCUCGCUCGACCCCUACCCCUGCACGGCGAACCACUCGUGCGCGCCCAACGCCUUCGUGCUCAACGACGGCGCGACGCUCGUGCUGCGCGCCAUGCGGCCCAUCGCCCAGGACGAAGAGCUCUUCGUCUCGUACAUUGACGGCAGCAACCCCUUCCACAAGCGGCAAGCCGAGCUGCUCGACCGCUACUACUUCACCUGCAAGUGCGCCAAAUGCACGCAAGGCCCCACAGGCGCCGAAGACGCCUUCGCGCCACUCACACCUGCGCAAACCGCGCAGCUGCCCUCGCUCACGCGCGCGCUGCCCUUCGACACGCCCGCCCCCGCCCCUGACGCCCCGGCCGAGGAGCACCUCCGCGCCAUCGAGACCGCCGCCUUCGCCGCCCUCGACCAGGCCCACCGCCUAACAAACAGCGCGGACCCGACGGAGCCGCUGCGCCUCGUCUCCGAGUCUUUGCGCCUGCUCAAGACAUGCGGCGGCUUCGCGCCCGCCCGCCAGCCCCGCCCCGCCCUGCGCGACGAGCUCGUCGUCUUCGCCCUCGCGGCGGGGCAGCUCGUCCCUGCCUGGCAGCACGCCGCAGCCCGCCACGUCCUGACGGACAAGACGCUGCUGCCGGCGUCGCACCCGCUGCGCGCGGUGCACGCGUUUGUCUUCUCGACGCUGACGGCGCUGCUGAUCAUGUGCGCGUCGGACGAGGCGUCCGGGGGCGAGGCGGGCGCCUGGCCCGGCGCUACGGCGCAGACAAGGCAGCUUGUGCGCAAGUACGGCAUCGAGCUGGGGACGGUGCUGUACGGGGUGCUGGGUGAGGUGGUGGCGGCGGUGCCGCAGGGCCAUGGCGUCAAUAGCCGGUUUGCGCGCGCCGUGGGCGCCGCCAUGGAGCGCAUGGGCGUGAGUGCGGAGGCGCUGGGGCCGGAGCGCUUGCGGUCGUAUGCUGGGAAGAUUGGGGCCAUGUGGGAGGUUGUGGGGAAGAUGGUGGGGGAUAUGGAGUUUUGAUUGCGUAGAUAGAUGAUGAUUGAGUGAUGUGAAGGAUAGGUGGACUGAGUGGAUAGCCGGGGAUGAUUGCGGAUGUUGCUUCCCCGCUGGUGGAUAUGGUUCUGCUGCAGGCCUCGGUGCUGUGCCCAUAAUGCCCGUCUGGUUGUAUGUAG